ACCCUUACCAAACACUGAUCUCCACACCAUUAAAUACCCACCAACAUCUAUUCUGAAUUAGACAACACAGUAGUACACCUUAUACCACUGUGACAACUAGUACAAAACAGAGGUCGUUUUGGUCUUUCCCCACUCCCAUAUCAAAAUCCUCACCUUGACCCAAAGAGAGGGAAAGAACAUGAAACCCCAUGUGUCAUGUGAGCUGAGAUAUUAAGCAGCGCAAUGUUAGGGACUCAUUCACAAGCAAAAACAAAGCCUCUUCUUCACCUUCUUCAAUCCUCACACACAGAAAGACAAAGUCUUUACCUUUCUUGCGCUUAAGAAUUUGAGACAGGGUAAAAGACCCAGAAACCCGUUAAUUGGUUUUGUCAGAGGAGAAAACCAAAAACACUAAAUGCCUUGAGACAGAUAAACUCUGUCUCUACAGAUAGCCCCCACAUUUUCAGUGAAGAAGACGAAGAAGACGAAGAAGAAUGGCCUCUGCUUCUUUAAUGGGUCUUUUCAGCUCAACUUUCUAAAGGAAAUUGCCCAGUUCAUUCUGAAAUGAAGAGGAGUCUGUGAAUUUGAGCUUCUGAGUAAAGAUUUUGUCUUGGGAUUUUGUCCAACUAGAGCAAAUGGAGCGUUUUUACUUGUUGUUUUCAGUGAUUGUGUCAUGGGUUUUGUUUCUCCCGAGUACUCAUGAGUUGCAAACCUCUCAGAGCCAAGUGUUGUUGCAGCUGAGGAAACAUUUAGAGUUCCCUUCCUCAUUAGGAGUUUUGGAGAAUUACACUGGAGACCUUUGUAACAUAUCUUCCUCUGCACAGAUGAGCAUUUCAUGCCAAGACAAUUCAGUCACUGGGCUCAAAAUUAUGGGAGAUAAGCUUUCUAAUGUCACUAAAUUUAGUGGAUUUGCAAUUCCCAAUAAGACACUUUCUGAGAAGUUCUCCAUUGAUUCUUUUGUGACCACAUUGUCAAGGUUGCCUAGCUUGAGGGUUCUUAGCUUAGUGUCUCUGGGGAUUUGGGGACCUUUGCCUGAUAAGAUUCAUAGGUUAUCUUCACUUGAAGUCUUAGACCUGAGCUCAAAUUUCAUAUAUGGUUCAAUUCCCCCAAAGAUAUCCAGAAUGGUGAAACUUCAUACUCUAAGCCUAGAGGCCAAUUAUUUCAAUGAGACUGUUCCUGAUUGGUUGGACUCCUUAUCAAACCUCACCAUUUUGUGCUUGAAGAACAACAGGCUCAAAGGUGAGUUUCCUUCUUCACUAUGCAGAAUUAAGACCCUCACUAUCAUUGCCCUGUCUCACAAUGAGCUUUCUGGCAAGUUGCCUGACACGAGUACUUUAACCAGCCUGCAUGUAUUGGAUUUGAGAGAGAACCAGUUGGAUUCUGAACUGCCACUGAUGCCAAAUGGAUUGGUUACAAUACUUCUAAGCAAGAACUCAUUCUCAGGAAAGAUUCCGGUGCAAUUUGGUGAUUUGAGUCAGCUUCAGCACCUUGAUCUAUCAUUCAAUUAUCUCAGUGGUGCACCUCCCUCUAAUGUGUUCUCUUUGCCAAGCAUGAAUUAUCUGAAUUUAGCAUCCAAUAUGCUGAGUGGUGCAUUUCCUAACGGUCUAAAAUGUGGUGGUAAACUUGGAUUUGUUGAUAUUUCUAAUAACAAGUUAGCAGGGAAUCUUCCUUCUUGCCUGGGUAGUACCUCAGACGAGAGAGUUGUUAAACUCAGCGGAAAUUGUUUGGCAAAUGCUUCCCAACACCAGCAUGACCUUUUAUAUUGUACAAAGGCUCUUGCAAGAAGAAAACAAUCUAGUGUUAGAGAGAUUGUGGUGCUAGUUGCUAUUGUCGUUGGAGCUCUUCUUGUUUUGGUACUUUUUGUACUUACGGUCCUUUACUCGUGUAAAAGACACCGUUUAAGGAAGUCUGAGAAAAACAUAUUUGCAAAAGCUGUGCCAGAUAAUUCACCAAAUGAUGUUUGCUCGGAGCUCGUUUCAAAUGCCAGAUAUAUAUCUCAAGCAGCAAAAUUAGAAUCACAUGGUGCCCCAGUGUGUCGAGUAUUUUCACUUGAAGAGUUGAAGGAAGCAACAAAGGAGUUUGAUUUCUCAAUGUGUUUGGGUGAAGGCUCUAUGGGAAAGCUUUACAAAGGAAAGUUGGAAAACGGGUGUGCAGUUGCAAUCAGAUCUCUGCCUAUAUCAAAGAAAUGUUCUACCCAAAACCUUAAAGCUCAGCUGGAUUCACUCUCAAAGCUUCACCAUCCUCACUUGGUAGUGCUGUUAGGUCAUUGCAUCGACAGUUGCGGACAAUAUGAUUCUGGUGGCCGCAGACUUUUCCUUGUGUAUGAAUACAUCUCUUGUGGGAAUUACCGUACCUAUCUUUCAGAAAACUAUCCAGAGAAGCUUCUCAAGUGGUCCGAUAGAUUGGCAAUUCUGAUAGGAGUUGCAAAAGCUGUCCAUUUUCUACACACUGGGGUAAUUCCAGGUUCUUUCAACAAUCAACUGAAAACAAACAACAUAUUGCUAGACGAGCAUAGGAUUCCAAAGCUGAGUGACUAUGGGAUGUCCAUCAUCACAGAAGAAAUUGAAAAACUUGAGGCAAAGGGAGAAGGCCCAAAAUCCUGGCGUAAAAAAGAUCUGGAGGGUGAUGUUUACAACUUUGGAAUUAUACUACUUGAAUCACUUGUCGGACCUAUAGUAAGUGGGAAAGGGGAAACCUUUCUGCUGAAUGAAAUGACAUCAUUUGGCAGCCAAGAUGGUCGAAGAAGAAUCGUCGAUCCAAUUGUGCUGACGACAUGCUCACAAGAGUCAUUAUCCAUUGUGGUAUCAAUCACAAAGAAAUGCAUAUCUCCAGAAGUAUCGUCACGCCCCUCUUUCGAAGAUGUGCUUUGGAACUUGCAGUAUGCAGCUCAAGUCCAGGCCACUGCUGAUGCUGAUCAGAAAUCAGAUGCUACAACCUGAUAUACUCCUCCACUUCUUCUGUCUUGCUUGUAAGGGAAGGCCUGUAAAAAAGCAAGUGGACUGCUUGGUGAAGGCUUGUAAAUGCAUGCUAGUUACUGAGGAAUGAUAAUUGUACAUUAACUGUAAUUGGAUAAUUUGUUCUGAGAAAUUAUAGAAGAAAAUUUGU